CCGCCCCCCUUUGGCUCAGCUUAAUGUGCUCAGCUGAAGAUUGUAGACUCGCUUUUGUUCGUUUCCAGCUUAGUUGCGGCGUGGUGCUGACAGCUGAGGACUUGUACAUCUACCCCGCCGCAGUCGGCAUGAGUGCGAAGAGCAACCGCGGCCGAUCAUUAUGUCGGACACCUCUACAACCUCCGACUCUGCAACAUCGUCAACGAGCAUCAUCAAGACUCCUCUGUUCGAAGUGCAAGGAGACAAGCCUGUGCACUAUGGCAUCCUUCUCUUCCCCGGAUUCCAGGCGCUGGACGUCUUUGGUCCUCUUGACGUUUUCAAUUCGCUCGCAAUGUUGUACAACUAUCCCAUGAGACUCACCAACCUUGCUGCAAAUCCCGGCUCGGUACCUACACACCACCCUUCAACCAGCACUCUCAUUCCUGCACAUUCGAAUCCGAUGUCGCGAUUUUCUGAGAGUCUCGUUGUCGACCGCACCCUGGACGAGCAACUCAAGAUCCAGGAAUCGGCUCGCGAUGGUGAUCGGAGCGAGGAAGCUCUUGACGUACUUAUUGUACCGGGCGGAGUUGGUGUGCGCGGUGAUGUUACGAAAGAGAUAGAAUUCGUGAGAAAAAUGUACCCCCGGCUGAAAGCCGUUCUGUCUAUCUGUACCGGUGCAACAAUCCUCGCACGAGCCGGAAUCUUGGACGGACGCCGCGCCACAACAAACAAACGGGCCUAUAAGUGGGCAACAAGCACGGGGCCAAACGUUGACUGGGCUGCGAAGGCUAGAUGGGUGGUAGACGGAGACAUCGUGACCAGCUCUGGCAUCUCAGCAGGUAUCGACGCAUCUUACGCUUUCGUUGCAUUGAAUUACGGAGAAGAUGUCGCAGAAAGCCUGGCGGAUAGUGCAGAGUAUGUUCGAUGGAUGGACCCAGAACACGAUCCAUUCAGCACAAGAUGGAAUCUUUCGUAGACCUGGGAAUAUGAGUAAGAGUUGGGCGUCACUCAAAGCAUUCGUUCAAAGAGGUUGAUCCCUCUAGAAAACGCUCGAUGUCUCUUACCGGUUGCACAUGCUAAUGAUAGGCAUGCGCGAGGUAUCAACUUCACUUACUGCCUGUAUACAUAUACAAUACAACCAUGAGCCUAUUGUUUGAUGGACACUUGCCUA